AUUCUUAGUAGUAGCAGUAGUAGUAGUAGUAGUAGCAGUAGCAGUAGCAGUAGCAGUAGCAGUAGCAGUAGCAGUAGCAGUAGCAGUAGCAGUAGCAGUAGCAGUAGCAGUAGUAGUAGUAGUAGUAGUAAGUGGUAGUGGUAGUGGUAGUGGUAGUGGUAGUGGUAGUGGUAGUGGUAGUGGUAGUGGUAGUGGUAGUGGUAGUGGUAGUGGUAGUAGUAGUAGUAGUAGCAGUAGCAGUAGCAGUAGCAGUAGCGGCAGCGGUAGCGGUGGCGGUGGCGGUGGCGGUGGCGGUAGUGGUAGCGGUGGCGGUAGCGGUAGCGGUAGUAGUAGUAGUAGCAGUAGUAGUAGCAGUAGCAGUAGCAGUAGCAGUAGCAGUAGCAGUAGCAGUAGC